AAGCGCACUUUCAACGUUCGCCUUAUCCGGCAGUUGCUCGUGGUUGUAUCCCCCGUCCGGUCGCGCUGUCAUGCAAGAUCGUUGUUUCAGUCGCAUUUAUUUCAACUCACACUCUAUUUAUUAUCGCGACCGGUCGGUGGAAAUUUUUCUAUUUGCGAUUACUUGAUAGCCUUUUCACAUUUAAAACUGUCAAAUAAAUGGUGCAUUUCUUAUCAAGUUUUUCUUCCUAAAUUUUGUCUGUGAACAAGUUCAACCUACAAGUUAAUCCAAUCAUUUCAAAGAUAAUCAUAGUGUAUUCAUUAAUUUUAGUGCCAAAGUGUGUUCGUUAACAUGUUUUUAUUUAUUACAAUUAAGCUAUGAAAAUAAUUCAUAUUAAAUCAACAAUAAAAAGGAUUUUCUAUCUUUCCUAGAGUGCCAAUCAUUUUUUAGACAUUUUAAGUUGCAUCUAAACACAGAUUAAAAAGUUGUAAAUAAAAUUUUAAAACAGAUUAAAAACUUUUGAAAUUAAAAAUAAAUACAGAAUUUAAAAAAAAAAAAUACUCAAUUGAAAAUAAGUUAUCAAGUUUUGUUGUUUCACUCAGAAGUUCAAUGUAAAUGUGUGUUAAAAAAAAGUAAAUAAGCUGCUGAAUUGGUAAAAUUAAAAAAGUGCAAGUGUGUGUGAGUGUGAGUUACAAAAAUAAAUAGAAAAAAAAACACAAUAAGAAACAGACAUAAUAAUUUUUUUAAAUCCUCAAAAAUGCAAUCGUCAAUUACUUUCGUGCUCUUUACUGUACAGAUUUUAGUGGCACUCGAAGUAGAGGGUGUAAUUGAGCCAUGGAAAAAAAGCGAAAAAAGUGCCGAACAAGGAUCAGAAGUGCAGUUACCUUGUAUUCUGAAAAGUCCUCGAUGUGGUGGACUCCACAGUAUAAAAUGGUAUCGAGGUACUCAAAGAAUUUUUAUAUUCAGCGAAAGUGCUGGUAUUACUCGUGGGAAUAACGAAAUAGCUGCUAGAUCAACAAUGGAUUACGAUGCAAAUGCAACAAAAACGUUUCUCAGAAUUUCCGAUAUUAAGCUCGAAGAUGAGGGUUUAUAUAAAUGUGAAGCUACGUAUCUAGCAGUCAAUCGCGAGUGCAAUAAUGUUCAGCACAUUACACUGAAUACUACUGUUCGUCCCAAGUUCAUUCGAGUUACUGACGAAGAUGGAAAUAUAAAUUUAACAUCAGGCACAGUUUUAGGUCCCUUUAACGAAGGCUCGUUAAUAACUUUGAAUUGUGAAAGCGACGAAGGAAAGCCAAUACCUCUAGUAGAAUGGUAUAAAGACACCCAACGACUUAAAGCAAUUGGGUCAAAUAAAGUUGGAGAAAACGGAAUUGGUACAGGAAGCAGUGUGCUACAAUUGCAAGUUGGCCGCAGCGAAUUAGGAGCUACAUUCACCUGCAAAGUUAGCAGUUCUGCACUUGCUGAGCCUCUAACAGUUGACAUAAAAGUUGAUGUUCAUGUAAGACCUUUAAAAAUGGAUGUUGAAGGAGUGGUUGGACAUGUAGUGAGUGGGACGAAAAUUUUACUCGAAUGCAAAGUGAGUGCAGCUAGACCUCCAGCCAACGUCACAUGGUACAACGGAACGAAUUUUCUCACAGAUGAUAAUGAACGUUUUGAAAUGUUUGAAACUAAAAUAGUAGACAAUAGUGAUGGGACAUCUGAGACAACCAGUCAUCUAGCUUUUACUGCCUCAGAGUACGAUAAUGGUCAAACAUUUAGCUGUCUAGCAGAAAAUUCAGUGACACGAACAGAAGGAGUGAAACCAAUGAAAGUGGCAACGACAAUCGAAGUUUAUUAUGCUCCAAUAAUUUCUAUGUGGCCUUCUAAUAUAACAGUCAACGAAACUGAAGACUUUGUUAUUAUUUGUAAUUAUGAAGCCAACCCUGCGGGAUUAACAUCUGUUAAAUGGUUGCGAGAUGGAAAAGAGUUGACGCUUAGUGAGGAUCACUAUGAGGGUGGCAUUACAGAACAGACAUCGUUGACAGUAAAAAAUGCAAGCGCUUCAGACAUGGGUACAUACACAUGUAUACUUAGUAAUAACGUCAGUGAGUCAACACCCAAAGAUUUUGUCCAAGUGUCAGUUUUAUAUAAACCAACAGUGGCGGUGAUUGUUGAUCCUGAUGUGCCAGUCAACGAGGCUGAUCGGUUGAAUGUGUCGUUAACGUGCGAUGUAGUUAGCGGAAAUCCUAUGAAUUUGAAUGCUGUUAGGUGGUACUUGGACGGUGACUUACUGAAGGAGUUACCAGACUGUGCCCGAAAUUCUACACCUACAAAUGUGGAUGACACUUCAACGUUCUGCGACAUUGAUCCAAGCAAAUUACUACUGGAAGCAGUAGGUCGCUCGUUUCAUGGAAAUUAUUCGUGCGAGGGUAGAAAUGAUGCUGGGUGGGGUCCAAUUUCAUCAAGUACUCCAGUUGUCGUUUACUAUAAACCAGGACCAGCAAUCAUCAGUUAUCAACCUAAGAGAGUCAUUAAAGGUAACUCACUCAAUAUCACCUGUUCGGUUAUUGAUCCAGGCCGACCGCCAAUUGCUGGCUAUAAGUGGAUACGUGGAAUGCAUCGUCUUGCUGAUCAGGAAAAUUCCACUCUGACUAUCGACUCAGUGAAUUUGAGGACUAGGGCCAAUUUUACAUGCAUAGCAUUUAAUGAAGCUGGUGAUGGUGAUCCAGCCACAACAUUCAUCGAUGUUGCAGCUCCACCUGCUUUUAUUCAUCCACUGCCACCCUAUCAUGGUUACGUGUACAAUGCGGUAAACGUCAGUAUCGGAUGUCGGGUUGAGUGUUCACCCAUCUGCAACGUGUCGUGGAUCAAGAACAAUGCACCAAUUAAUUUCACAGCAACGGAUAGGUAUUACGUGACCAAUGUCUACCAUCCAGCUGACCAGAGCACUAGCGACUUUGAAAGUGUCCAAUCCAAUCUCACGUGGAAUUUAGAUGCUUGGCCUAAUAGAGAGCUUGAUCGAUUUAAAGAUAAUGACAAUUAUACAUGUGUAAGCAGUGAGAAUGAUGUUGGAGAUGGAGUUAAAAGUACUACCUAUUUUCAAGUAGAGUUUCCUCCAGAAAAUAUGACAAUAUCAAAAAAAAUAAUUGAUGUUGUUGUUGACUCUAUACCUGAGAGUGUUAAAUGCGGUGCUGUAGCUCACCCUGAACCAACAUUUCGAUGGUAUCGAGAUGGUUCAACAGAAACAAUUUCCCAGAGUGCGGUUCUCGUCUUUGAAACUAAAGUACCAAAACGUAGUAAUGGAACAUAUGUUUGUGAAGCAACAAAUCGUCAUGGGAAUCAAAAUAUUUCAACGUAUCUUAACGUUUUAUAUAAACCCGAGUGUCUGAUAUCUAAAGAACGGAUAAAUGGUGACGAUUAUCUUGUCUGCUCAGCGGUGGGUAACCCAAAGGAAGCAAACUUCAGUUGGUCUUUGAAAAGUGACAAUGAUUCCCUAGGUCAACUUGCUGAAUUUCGCGAUGGUAAAAGUUUCCUACUACUCGAUCCAGCAAUCACAAACUUUCGUACUUAUAUCUGUAUUGCAAACAACUCGAUUGGAUCAUCACUUCCAUGUGAACGCGGAGUCCCAGCUCGCCAAGGACAUUCGGGCAACCUUCCUUGGUGGCUGCAACUCGAAGGAGAUCUUCUUAUCAUCAUAAUAAUCGUCGUGGUGAUUGUUCUUCUUGUCAUCAUAGUAUGCUGCGUCAUAAUCUAUCUGAUAUGUCGUCGAAAACAAAUGCAAUCGAAAUACAGUAAACGCGUCGUCUCAUUGGAGGAACGUGAACAUCCUGACGGAGGACCACCCAGCCCGACAGAGUCAAUUCAUUCGCAUGGACUAUGCCCGUCUCGACAUUCAAACCAGGCGCCACGUUGGCCUUUAAAACCAGGAGUUCUUGUACACAUUAAUCGCACGCAUAGUCUGAGCACUGGAUUAACCCCAAUGCACGCGAGUUCGAAUCUACAAAUGCAUUCAAACUCCUCAAACUAUCAUCAGACUAACGAUCGAUAUCAUUCGCGAGGAGACGAUACAGUCAGGCUACCCAUUAGACCCUUUAGACGUGGAAAAACAUCUAUCAGUCAAAUGGAGACUCCUAUUCCUAUUGUUCAUGAUGAAGGCAUGAUUGCACGAGCUAAUAGAUUAAGAGCUAUAUUCAGUUCUCAACUAAAAGAACCUGACUCAUUCCCCGGUAUCUCACGAGAAAAAACAGCCGUGACUUACAAAAGAAUAGUUCCACGGCAACGGAUGUCGCAUGCCACCCCAUCACUUCCUGCACUACAUCGUAAUGCCGCCAGUGGCGGUGACUGCGGUAACGUUAAUAUCAACGCCAACGUCAAUGCAUCUCGUAAGCGUAAAAAGCCUGGAGCAGAUCCCGGUCAUCCAAUGAAGAAUAAUAGUCACAUUGACAGCGUUUCCGAGGCACUGCCUGAAAGCGAAACUAAAACUUUCUAUGAAAAUCUUCCCUUUCACGGCAUUCAAACACCGCCUAACAAGUCUGCGGCUUCCCCUAAGUUUGCUCAAGUUUCGGCUUUGCAUGGCACGUUGCAUUCAGCCACAACAUCGCCGUGUCCUUCACGAUCAUUGAGCCGAACAGCCAGUCUGUGUGGUGGUAGUUCCGGUUACGAAUCAACAAGAAGUCAUCUAGGUCCACACUAUAGUCCAAAUAAUAUGCCAAGAAAUAAUUCACCAGAGCCGAAAUAUAAUACACUUAAGCCAAGACGAAGGAAACUCAAACACACUCAAUUUUACUCCUUGAGACUGUGCCGUAAACACGACAAUAACCGUCGUAACUAUCAGCUCUAUGCUAUACCAAUUACCAAAACGUGUCCACACAAAAGCUUAAGUACGAGCACCAUCGAACCAACGUCUCCAGUCAGAUCAACUGAGGUUACUCCUAAUUCCACUCUAAAGAGAUCUUCUCUCUCUUCCUCUAACUCGCAUUUGCAAUCAAAUGAAUCUGAAAUUAGUAAAAUACCACCAAUACCAGCACCAAGAAGAAGAAAGACGGAUAUUUCUCAACAUAUAUACCAAAAUGUUCCGUCCCCUGUUUUUCCAAUGGAUUCCAAGACGUAACGCAGUAUUCAUCCUCAAAAAGAAUAAUAUACAGAAAGUAAAUAAAAUCUUAAAUGAAAGAAUGAGGAAGAGAAAGAGAGAGAAAGAAAGGAAAGAGAAUAGACUGAGAAAACAGGGAAAGAAAAUAAUCUGGACAUUUACAAUUUUAAUUGGAUAAAUCAUAUUGUCAUCUGUGACAAAGUUAAAUCGAGGCUGCCCCUCUUCUUGUACAUGUUUGUCAUAUAUCACGUAAGUUUACGUCACUCGAGCUUUACUUAGAUAUUUUAAAAAAGUAAUGCACUUUAACUUUAAGUAAUUAUAACAUAAUAUCAAUUUUAACGAUUUAACACUUCAUUUUCAUAUUAAUUCUCCUUA